GACCAGCUCCUUCAAAGAAAUCGGAACGGCCCACCAUAUAAGAUCAUUGACAUUUCGUGUAGAGUAAUCGUCCCCACGUCCUCGAUCUUCAACCAUGGCCGCUAUUCAACCAUUUGUUCUGCGCUGGGGAAUCAUUUCCACUGGCGGGAUUGCUAGUGCCUUUGUGAAGGAUCUCUUGGUAGACCCCAAAACCCGUGCUGUUCAUGAUGUAGUUCACAAAGUCACCGCUGUAGGCUCGCGCAGCGUUGAAAAAGCACAGAGCUUCAUUGGAGAAAAUGCUGGUGGUGAUAAAUCCAUUAAAGCAUACGGUACUUAUGGCGAAGUUUAUGCUGAUAAGAACGUCGAUGCCAUUUACAUUGGGACACCACACACGUAUCACUAUAUCAACGCUUUGGACUCCCUCAAAGCGAAGAAGCAUGUACUGUGCGAGAAACCGGUGACUUCAAAUGCAGCUGAGCUACGUUCACUAUUGGCAACAGCUAAGGAGCAAGGUGUUUUCUUCAUGGAAGCACUGUGGACACGAUUCCAGCCUCUGGCUUUGGAGGUCAAAAGAAUUGCAGAGGAAGGUAGUCUUGGACAACCUGUCGUGCUUCAUGCAGAUUUGUCUGGUGACUUUGACAUAUACAAUAUCCCGAAGACCCACAGAAUUUUGGAUCCCGACUUAGGUGGAGGUGCAUUGUUAGAUCUUGGACCAUAUCCAUUUAUUUGGGCGGUUUUGGCACUCUACGAACAUCCCUCUAACAAACUAGCCAAGCCUUCCAACACUAUAGCAUCCAUGGUUAAGACGCCUUUGACGGGUGUCGAUCGCAGCACUGCUUUCACACUUACCUUCUCACCCUCAUCGCCGUCUGCUUCAAACACCCUCGCUGCCCAGGCUAUUCUCAGUUGCAACAUCAAUGUUGCCGCCUACCCAACCGGUGUUGUAAUUCGCUAUGAGCGGGGCAACAUCUCUAUCGCCGCACCGAUAUAUUGCCCCAAGUCAUUCACCGUCCAAUACUACGAGCCAGGAAAGUCUAGCACAAUCGCCCGGGAGGAGACUAAGCACUUUGAUUAUGUUGGGCGCGGUAUGCACUUCCAGGCCGACGAGGUCGCGAGAUGUGUGAGGGAUGGAAAGAGUGAGAGCGAACUGUGGGGGCAUGAUAAAAGUUUACUGGAAAUGGAUGUCUUCGAUGAGGUACGCCGUCAAGGAGGAUACAAGUUCCCGCCAGGAGUUGAAAAGGUCGUAUAAGUUAGAAGGAGAAUGUAUUUUCUUCCCGCUGGAUGUCUACAUACUCGUCUUCAAUACUCUGAGAAUUGAAACUGUUUUCUUUCUUUUUCCGCUUUCCUGCGUGUCUGUUGUCUGUAGUUAUUGUUUGCUCUAUCACUUCUGUGAAAACACAACCCAAAAGCUGAAAACAAAAACAUACUAGCUGAACCUCGUUCUACCUUAGCUGGUAAAAGCAUUCAUGUGCUUGUCACGACAGUACUAUAAUACAAUUUGUUGCAAUGACUCCUCGUCUUAUUCAAUGAAUCAAUAGCUGAGACACUACUUCUGCCCUCGACAAUACACCAGAUACUAACCAGAAGCACGCGAAACGGCAAAUUUGAGUACAUCAUAUUUGACACUGCAUUCGUGUACUAGACACCUUAGCGCAUUCUUUCGCAAUUUAAUAUCACCUGGGUAACGAAUUUUGACAUGUCAGACUGUUGGAAAAGCUUCAGUUUUGUGUCCUUCUCCAGUAUUUGCAGAAUUUCUUCAAGCUUCUUGAUGUUGUUUUCAGGGGCUCGGGGUCGACCAUCUGCAACCAUGAUGUCCAAAAAUCCCCGUAGAUCUCGAAUCUCCACCGGCGGGGAAGUAAACAUUUUUUCUACUUCCUCGUGUUCCUUAUGUUCCUUAUGCUCCUCGUGUUCCUCCUGCUCCUCAUAUUCCUCCUGCUCCUCGUGUUCCUCCUGCUCCUUAUGUCCAUCCUGAGUUUCUGAUUCGAAGCGUAGGAAUCCAUAACGGCGAUGAUCGUAGUCGAAGUGCAAUCCAAAAACCCAACCCAACCCUAAAAGCCCUCGCACAGAAAACUGAGGGAUACAAGAUACGGUACGUUCGCUCCAUUUUUGACCCGGGACCCGGGGUACAGCCGAAAACACUGAAAGAGGAACAAAAGAGCUAUCCAGAAAGCGUUCACCUAUUAGAUAGUAGGGGUCGUUAUAGAAGCACGGCAGCCAAUCUGUGAGUGUUUGGACAACGGAGGUCGGUGUAAAGAUUGGUAAUGCGCCAGUCCGGACACACCCUUGAGAGCUGCGUGCGAUGAAAGAGAACGAAAUUGGGUAUUGUGCAUUUUCGCCUGUAUCGAUAAGACGCUGGAAUAAUAGGGGGUGAAUGAGCGCCUCAAGAUGGUAAAAUAGCUUUGGAUCAUGCUCUAGCAGUUCGAAGAUAUCCGCGGCACCAAUAGAAGGGCAGCCCAAUACAACCAGACGUUUAAUACCGGGAAAAGCUAUAAGAAUGCUACGGAUGGUAGCGACAGUGAUGUGGGGAUUGUAGGACAAGUCAAGGGUUGUAAGCGUUUGAGCAAAAGGGGCUAAGAGUUGAAUGACUUGUUCAGGCGAUAGAGCGAAGUCUUGGAGGUCUAUGCAGCCGGGAGAUGAUUCCAUCUCAUGUGCAAUAAUUCUUGCCAUCAAGGUAACAGCAGCGUCGGAGAAAGAAGUUUGUUUUUGAAGUAUUGCUCUGACUGCGGCGCAUUUUCCAGGUAGCCAAAGCAUUUCUGCGACAACAGCGGUCUCGCCAGUCUCUAUAGCACUGGAGACAGCAGGUUCUAAUGUCAGCUCGGCCAAGGAUUUUACGAACGGCAGGUCUGGGGAAUUUUUAGCCAACGACACUUCUUCGUCAGUUUUUUUGACCAUGCACUGAUACUCUUCGGGCCAUGCCUCUGCCAAAGUAGCGACAUCAUCAACCACUCUUUCUCCUUCGAGAGACUUAAUGGCAUCUAUGAUAUCUUCAUCAUCAUCAUCGAGAGAACUCGUGCUCGAAUCUUUAGCGGUGGACUUGGGGUAAUAUGCGCGCACAUAGACGGUUGCAGAUAGAGGGCGCCACAUUGGCACGUCCUCAGCUGUUUCAUUGACACCUGGGAAGACGAAGCAAUAGGCAGGAGAGAGCGGAUCUGUAACAUCGAUGAUAGUGAUCCCAUCAUUGUUGU